UGUCAGACCUGCAGAACCUCCUCGUUUCGGACCCCGGGGUUCUUGCGCUGGCGAAUCACAAAGUGUUGGAACCUAUUGCCUUUGUCUGACAAGUCAUCCAUAUAAGCAAGGGGGGUCUGCGGAGGGGAGGGAGUCGCUGCUGCUUUUAGAAACGCACACCACGCGAGGGGGGCUUCAUUCUCAACCCAAAGACCCUGGCCGGCGCAUCCCUGACGGUCUUCUGUGUGAGAGACAGAAGGAAGCCACACUUUUACCCGGUGUGUUUCCCCACCCACUCCUUUUUCUGAUGUGUUUGUGUUUGGACGUUUCUGAACAUCGGCCCAUCCUCAGCCAGACCACCGGGACUAACAGCGAGCUGCGGAGAGUGGAGAUGAACAUUUCCUAACGUGGUCUUUCUUGAAUCGUUGUAUACUGAGAUCACCUUCCGCCUUGAAGGCUUUGCAACGAAAAACAAUCCUAGAAAUAUAAACAGGAACAGCAUACUCGGUCAUGAAGUGCACCUGUCGAGACCACCUCCCCGGAACGGACUGUUGAGAUAAAGGCAACUUUUUCAGGAAGAAGUUGCCUCCGAUCGAUCGAAGACCCCUCGAUCGAGCAGGCUGAUACUCGAGUCGUUGUUUUUUUUCGUAGCACUUUUAUCUUCGUUACUAAGUCGAAACGGCGAAUUCAGUUGAUUAUCUGUCCUUUCUUUGCUAUCCAAUGGAUAUUCACUGCAAAGGAGACCCCUUCUCUGCGAUGCACUUGUCCCACGUAGGGCACGGGGGGGUGAACCAGCUGGGCGGGGUGUUUGUGAACGGAAGACCCCUGCCAGACGUGGUGAGGCAGAGGAUCGUGGAGCUGGCCCACCAAGGUGUGCGUCCCUGCGACAUCUCCAGACAGCUGCGGGUCAGCCACGGUUGUGUCAGCAAGAUACUGGGCAGAUAUUACGAGACUGGCAGCAUAAAACCAGGAGUGAUCGGGGGGUCGAAGCCCAAAGUGGCCACGCCAAAGGUUGUGGAUAAAAUAGCCGACUACAAAAGACAGAACCCCACCAUGUUUGCGUGGGAGAUAAGAGACAGACUCUUAGCAGAGGGCAUCUGUGACAACGACACCGUCCCGAGCGUGUCGUCCAUAAACAGGAUUAUCAGAACAAAAGUCCAGCAGCCCUUCCAUCCGUCUCCUGAUGGAACAUCGCUCUCAACGCCGGGCCACACCAUCGUACCAAGCACAGUGUCUCCACCGGUAACUACCGCCUCCAACGACCCGGUCGGCUCGUACUCCAUCAACGGCAUUCUGGGAAUUCCACGAUCAAACGGCGAGAAGAGGAAAAGAGACGAAGGUGAGAGAGAAUUCUAUGGUUCAGAUGGUUCAGGCCCAAACAGUGAUUCUCAGGGUAGUGUGGAGAGUUUACGGAAACACCUCAGGGCCGAUGCCUUCACGCAGCAGCAGCUGGAAGCGUUGGACCGGGUGUUUGAGCGGCCGUCGUACCCGGAUGUCUUCUCCACGCCGGAACAUAUCAAACCCGAACAGGCUAAUGAGUACUCGCUGCCUGCCCUGAAUACCGGCGGCAUGGACGAAGUCAAGCCCAGUUUAUCCUCCAGCGCCAACCCAGACCUGGGCCCCAGCGUGUCGCAAAACUACCCCGUAGAGGCCUUCAUCCCUCCGACACCCUCCUCAUCGUGUAUUACACAGGAGCCAUACGAGGCUUCCAUGGCUCCCUUCACCCCCAUCUCCUCCUCCUCCUCCUUCUCCUCCUACACCACCUCCACCUCCUCCUCCUCCUCCUCCUACCCGUCCUCCCUGGCUUGCCUGGGCCUCGCCGACCACCAGCACGGCCACCCUGCCGCCCUCUCACUGGAGGCCCCGGCCCAUUCAUUCCCGGGCCCCCGAGCCCCCCGCAACACCCAGUAUGCUCACCAAGCUAUACUAGCAGGUCGGGACAUGGCCAACACCACCUUACCCGGGUACCCCCCCCACGUCCCACCUACAGGCCAGGGCAGCUAUCCAACCUCCACCCUCGCUGGAAUGGUUCCUGGGAGCGAGUUUUCGGGAAACCCCUACUCUCAUCCACAGUACACAAGUUACAACGAGGCAUGGCGAUUCAGCAACCCAGCACUACUAAGUUCCCCUUAUUAUUAUAGUGCCGCAUCGAGAGGCUCCGCCCCUCCCACUGCUGCCACUGCCUAUGACCGUCACUAGUUACCAUGGAAACCAAAUCAAUCUUCAGGACCAUGGGCUCGGCCUCCGUAUUGCCCCGGUGUGAGCGGCACGGUCGGCUGGACACUGGGCGAGCGUAGCCCCCGCUCACACAAUGAGGAACUAAUCUUUUUGUUUUCGCUGGGACUUCAAACUGGAAACUUCUCACUCCACAAUUUUCCAACGUUCAACAUCAACCCCCUCCACAACUCAUCCAAGUCCACAAGACGCUCGAUAUUCCCAGAGACGUUGAUGACUGACAUUGUCAUGAAGUACAAAAUCCAGUGACUCCAGUAAUUCAAAAUGAAGAGAGCUCAUUUACAAAGAGCCAUCAACACGCUGAGACAGCUUUUGGAAGGUUCCAGCACAAGUUUUAUUUAUUUUUUUGUUUCUCCGUCACGGAACAUCCACGAGACGUUGUACAUUCUCUGUGGAACGUAUCAAGAGGUCUGCCCCCCGUGAGCUUGCAGUCUAUCAGCUUCCGUCUCCCCGUCGGUCUUCCACUCACAGGGCCGUGCAGCGAGAGAGAGGCGUGCAUAGGACAUUGGUGAUGCCAACCGGGGUGGUGGCUGUUGUGUUUUUCUAGGAUUUUUACGUUGAUCCAUCUUGAACUUGCAGUUACUAAUUAACCAAACCAACCCCGACAUUCAGCAUGAAUAUUGCGCUUCAACGGAUGCUGUGAGAAGAUUAGGAUAUGUUCUCUGUGAAACACAAUCAAGAUGUAAAAAUAAAAGUACAAAAAAAAAUAUGAUGAAGAAGCAUUGAUUUAAAAAAAGAAAUGGAGGGAGCCAUGAACCUAUAUUAUUAUGGCCCUCUGUUUGCAAGGUUUCAAUAAACUAGUAAAUAUAUUCUUAAAAUAAUUUUUUAUUUCAUUUUUAUAAUUGGUAAUGACUUGUGUUGUCUUACUAUAGCAGACUGCUUGACGAUAGCAUUUUCGAUUUCUUUAUCAGGAUAAAAAAAAUUAAACGGAUCAUCCAGGCAACAUCUUUGUGUUAAUUUUGCACUAUUUUGGAGGUUUGCCUCGUUGCUGAGGCAGGAUGAUGCCUACAGCGAUGAGGACGGGGUUUGAUUGAGUACGAUGUGCGAAGGCAAACGCGAGUCGAAAAACAUUUUUGGGAAGUGAAAAAGGCACUUGUGGUUUCAAAUGGUUGUUGUUCUUCACUCUGAUAUGCAUUUGUAAUUAAAGGCUUUAGUAAUGGUUUACUACUGUUUGACAGGCCCGCUGGAUUUAUUUUGUUUGUUAUCUCACUGCCUUUACAUGCACUAUUGCUAUUUACAGUACGUUGGACCUUAUGAACCCUCCUUUUUAAGUUGAUUAAGUCUUUGGCAUUUAACUACAGCAUUGGAUUUGAGUCUUUCAAAAAACAAUUUUCAAAUCAACAUUGCUGUUGCUACAUUUGACAGCAAUUAUGCAAACAAGGCUAUAAAUACAUUAACCAAAUUCACUCUGAUAACACUCUUAGUCAACAAUGAAGCAAAGAAUUCAGCGAACAGCAGGACCAUUUUUCCGUUAAUGCCUUAAACCUGUUUUCCUGCAAGCACACACGACUCUGUGUGUUUUUAAGCCAAGGUGUUAUGAAGGUGAAAUUUGUCUCGAAAAAUCAAGGGAUGGACUGUUUAAAAGAUCCCUCAGACUAUUGCUGCAACUGAAUGUAUUUAUUGCAUUUGCCAAAGACUUAUUUCUCGUUAUUGUUUAUUUACAGCCUCCCUAUAAUCGUCAUGAGAGCAGUAUUAUUAUUAUAAUUAUUAUUGGUAAAAACACCAAUUCCUCAUGAUUAAAGUAUAUGUAUAAAUUCUAUGCAGUGCAAAGAUGGUCCUCAUAUGCAUAUUGAGCUGUCACCCUAAAGGUAGGUGGAUAUUAUUUAAUGUUAUUUACAAAUUGUUCGUUAUUAGAUUAUUAUUUUUUCGGUGAGUGUUGUGUGAAGACACCCCUUCUGUAAAUACAGUCAAAGAAAACUUGUCAUUCUUGUUCAUUGGUAUUAUCACUUUCAUUAUACUGGUCUCACUUGUACAAAAAUAAAAGUGUCUGAAAUCUUUUACGUAAA